AAAUGGCACAUUUGUUUAAAAAAAACAGCGCUACCUCAAUCUUUGCCCUGCUGGCCUAGCACAUGCCUUCCGGCUGGUCGACGUCCGGGACUUUAUUUUUGGGCGAGCGGCUUCUGUACUAGCUAGCCUCCAGCGCGCGAUCGCGGAUCAGUGCUAGCCAUUCAUUUCAAGUUCAACACUGUCACUGUCUGACUGUUUAAAAUGGCUUCAGAAGUUGUUUUUAGCAAGUUGCCCGUUGUAACUAUUUUCACAAAGUACGCAGAAGGCCUAGGUGGGGGCCUUCUUGAGACUUGGAAAAAGCGAUUGGGUAACGUCCCGUAUAACUUUUUACAAGUAUUGGACCACCAAAAAGCAGAGGAGACCGUCGCACAGCUUCAAGAAGCAGAGAUUUUAUUGACCGACCCUGACCUCAUCGGCAGCUUUUUCCAUCAGUUGCCUAAAACAAAAUGGGUACAGAGUACAUGGGCAGGUAUCGACAGCAUUUUAAAGGAAGUUAACCCUAAGGACAUACCUCCGCCCUUCAUGUUUACGAGAUUAGGUGUUGGAUUGAGGACUAGCAUGGCUGAGUAUGUGAUUGGUCAGAUGAUUGCACAUGAACGGCAUUUUUAUGAAAUGAAGAAGUGUCAGGAACAGAAAGAAUGGAAAAGUAGAAACUAUCGUGUUUUGGGACACCUCACUCUCGGAAUAAUAGGUUUGGGAGACAUUGGAGAAGAAAUUGCACGGCUCUGCAAGGCCUUCGGAAUGAGAAUAUGGGGAUUAGGCAGAAGAGACCUACGACCGGAAGAGAGAUCCAAAAAUGUGGAUGAAUACAGGCCAUUGUCAGGCUUGGCUGAGCUUCUCGCUGAUUGUGACUACAUCUGCAAUGUGCUGCCUCAAACACCAGCAACGGAUGACCUGCUCUCAGGUGACGUCCUGUCCAGCUGCACCAAGCAACCUGUCUUCAUCAACGUCGGACGGGGUAACGUCAUCAGUGAUGACACAGUUCUCAAUGCGCUAGACAAAGGAUGGAUCUCUCAUGCAAUACUCGACGUCUUCCGAACUGAGCCGCUGCCGGCCAGCAGUCCACUAUGGUCUUCCCCCAAGGUGACUGUUACAGGACACACUGCAGCCAAUACUCAUCCCGGUGCGAUUAUUGACAUCAUGGAAGUGAACUACGAUAGGUACAUCAACGGGAAACCUUUGCAAUACCAGGUAGACUGGAAGCUUGGGUAUUGACUGAUGUUUCUUCAAGCACACUGACUACAAUCACCAGAAGAUCUGACCAGUUGAUUCUACGAACACUGCAAUUGAUUCCUCUUAUUACCAAUGAAAUUAGAGCAAGAAUUUUUGCAUGAACAUUAAGGCUGGUAUAGGUACGUCACUUUUUAUCAAUCAAAUUUCAAGUGCCAAAAGGUUACUUUCUAUGGUUCUUUCAUCUAUUUUCCCUCCUCGACUCUCACUCUUUAUACCCUCCUCCAAUCCUCUCUAAUUACCAGAUACUUACGUCACCCGGAUUCGAACCCGCAAUCCUGUUAUUUAAUCACACCAGCCUUAUCCACUACACUAGUCGAACGAUCUAUGCCAAUGAAGGGACUAUAUUUUAAGUAUAAGGCUAUUGAAUAUUUAAUAAACUAAAUAUUAUUAAAAAAAAUCAAAUAUACAUGAUGACGUAUUGCACCAUCAUUGGUAGCACCAUCACAGGUAGUGCGUUGUCAUCACGUCACGCACACCGCAUGCAUCAAUAACCAAUGCCACAAAUCUUGGCCGCCAGGGUCUGCUGCCUGAUGUGUGCAUCCAAGGUGUGCUCUAAAAAACACGUUUCCGAAUAUGUCUUCACAUUUCCAGAGCUUUCUGGAUUCGUCUUAUGAUGUACUAGUGUGGAAUUCAUCCCGUUUGAUGUGUGAUUAUUCACGAUAUGUCAAUUACUGGUGAAAAAGCAAGCACUUUAACA